CAAUAGAGCUGAUCGAGAUCGGUGUGUUUUGUAGUUAUUGCAGCCUUAGAUAAGCGUUGCUGGGGCAUCCACCACAAAAGAAUCGUAGCUGUUGGCUACUGUUCUGUUGCAGUCAAACGCUGCCUAGCUGUCCUGCCCUGUGCCUGGCGACUGUCUGCCUCAGAUAUGCAGUUCGACCUGUACGAUCCCCCUGCUCCCCCCUGCUGCUCAGAUGCAGUCCCUUACGCCGGCAGACCUCGCAGCUUCCCCAAGCCCUGACGAUACCUCCGGUCGACCCCAAUGCCGCCCCGGCCGGUCUCUCCAGUGUCUUUCGAAACAUGUCUGCCACCAACGCUCAGACUAGAGGCGGGGGACCUACUUGGCUCGGAUGAUGAGCUGGAAGAUGCGGCCCGAGAGGCCAAACGGCAGAGGAUCGAAAGGCUGGCAGAGAGUUACCUCCGUGGCUCCCCCCUCUUUAUCCUCUCCGCGACACUCAAAGGACCCUUCGACGACGGCUGGGUGAACCCGUGGAAAAAGUCACGCAAACGACAUAUACGGGCUCUGGAGAAGAAGGAGCGACAGUCCGAACAGAUCGAAGUGAAGGGGACAACUACAACGCUGAAGAGUCAGGAGCAGGAGCAGGAGCAGGAGCAGGAAUGGUCACAAAAGAGGCGGAAACACGUCGAUGCUCGGUCAUCUACGAUUGAGGUUGCGAACCCGGUGGCCCAGAGUACAAGAGUUGCUGUGCCACGAGCCUCAACAGAGGGCUCGGGGGGAGCGGGGAAAUCAAGCAGAUCCUCGCGGUAUCAGUCUCCUCAUGUGGAAUAUGUUCAGGUGCCAGCCACUUCCGAUGGCAAGUCAAGAAGAAAGUCUUUCCCCUGGGCAAAAGAAACACCGCUACCGGUUGGAAAACCCGGACAGGAUUCCUUAACGAAACACCAACACGGUGCAUGGCUGAAGAAGGAUCGGAAGGAAACUGAUUUCAGAGGGCUCGAUCCUCCAAUCUCGCCAACGGCUUCUGUCUCUGUUCGCCAUUUAGCUAGGAGGUCUAGUCCUACAAAGGAAUCCUUAGGAGAGACACAACGGUUGAUACCACGAUCUGUCACGCCUCACCGGAUCUCUGCAAGCCCCGCCCAUUCGACAAGUUCUCCGACAGCCAGUCUGCAAGGGCCUUCCCGAUCGGAAAAGGCCUCAAAAGAUCGUACGUCAAGAGUCUUGACACCUCAUAAACGAAGGAGAUCCCGAGGGGCGUCUCCUGGCCCCUCAUCAGAUAACCUGCCCACCGAUUCGUCUCUUCAUAUCGCCUCUUCAUCAUCUCAGCUGCAAAAGUUUGAGUAUCGACUCCCAAAGCGCCAAAGGUCUAACCAAAACUUGCCUGGUCCAUCUCCGAACUUGACAAAGGCCGGCAGUCGAGAAAUCCAUUCUCCGCAAGGAGCCGAAGUUGCCUCGAAAAAUAAUUCAGAAGUGCCGUCGCCACGCACAGACGAUGGUCGCCAAGGACUGUCGACAGUACAUCCUCCAAAGAAAACUGACGAUCUCUGCUUCAAGAAAAGCAGGACGGGGUCUCCCCUCAAAGCCAGCAAAUCUGCAAGCUAUCCAGAUGUCGAAACCACGAGUGAUAAGCCACCAUCAGGGCAGGGAGCGCCAGGAAACCCAGCUUUAGCAGACUAUCUCACCUCGUUGCAUACAGCCUCGGUCCCGAAGUACAGCGAGGAAAACGGGGACACGAUCCCUGACCCCCAGCUGUCAACCCAGGCAGCUCUAUUACUUGCACAGAAAUCUUUCCAGAACGACCUGGAAAGUCCAGAGCACCAGUAUCACAUGAAGAAUCCCACAAGUGACCGCCGAACUCCCCAGAGAGCCCAGCAAAGCUCACCGCGGUCAAAUCACAUUACGCCUUUCCACAGGCUCAACGCCCCCUACCAUGUCGAGUCGGAUAACAGACCAGCUGGUACAAUGGUAAACACGCAGUAUCUCAUUGACUCGGUCAUGCCGUAUGCCUUUAGCACAGCCAAGAAAACAGGCAUACACGCCAGAGAUUGGCCGGACGACUCACCUAGCAAGAGAAGCCAUCCUAGCUCUGCCCUGCCAACCCCAGAAAAAGAGCCACACCAGCAAGACGACGAAGGAGAAACGCAGCUCUCAGCCCUGCCAUUCACACUGACGGGUGAAACACCCCGGACGGUACAAGACGGCCAGGGAGGAAUGGGCGGCGGCGACAGCUUCAAUCUCAGCCAAGCCAUCGCCGAGGCCGGCAGCUGGCUACAACAAAGCUGGGACUUUAGCCGGGACCUGAAGGCGUCCAACAACGACGAGACAGCUACGCUAUCCGCGGAUGUAGGGCGUUCUGCCUUGGGUUUGGAUGCAGCGAACUGAUUGUUUUCAAUUCAUGUUGCAUGUGCAUAUUUCGGGGAAACAUAUUACCUAGCCAUUAUGACAGUUGCAUUUCGGUCUAAAAUUAUUGUAUCUACAGUUAAAACCAUAAAUCCAAAAUUCCACAA